AUGGGUCUCUCCACGCUGAUCCCGCAGCGAUUGUGCUAUGGCCCCAUCGGGAGUGGCGCUGGCGACGUGGUCCGGCUGUCGUUCAACGAGAUCACCGUGCCCGAAUUCAGGGAGGGCCGCUACGGGGUGUGCCACUACAGCGAGAUGGCCCUCGGCGGCUGCGUCGGCCCGCUGGGCUUCGAUCAGAUGCUGUGGUUCUGCCUCGAGCUCGACGGCCGUCUCCAGGAUCCCAGCAAGCUCGUCGCGGUCCAGUAUGUGGCCGAGGAGCGCCAGAACGUUGCUGUCGUGACUGGCGCGUACCUCGUGCUGGUGCAGGGCUGGUCCGCCGCCGAGCUGCGCCGGGCUCUGCCCGAGGACGCCGGCUUGACGUUCCCGUGCUCGUGGGCCACGCCGCGGGGCCUCAAGACCAGCCAGGGAGCGCCCCGCAUGACGGUCCAAGACUGCUGGGAGGGUGUGCAGAUGGCCCGGGACUUGGGGUGGCUGAGCAAAGACAGCGUCAAGGAUGGCGUCGUGGCUGCCCUCGCAGCCAGCAAGUUCUGGAAGAUUACUUGCCAGUACGACGGGGCCUGGCUGGUGCCGGGCGCUAUCUUCGUCAUGGCGGACCCCAUGACGACCAUCCACGACCCCAACCCGGCUACGUGCGCCGCCUUCCGCAGGGAGUGCGGGGACGAUCCCGAGCUGGAGGAGGCCUCCCUGGACGAUCUCCGGGGGCUCACCAAGUGCACCGCCGCUCCUCCAAUGGUCCUGCUGCCGCCGUCUGCCGUCUGCGGGGAUGCAGAGGGGGAGGAGGAGGCCGCCCCUGAUCCCCUCGUCAGCACUGCCGCCAGCGAGCGGGACCGCGACGGGGCCGACGACCUGCUGGCUGGCGCGUCGGUCCACACAGUGUGCAAGGCGUACGGCGCUGGGGCCGGGGGCCCCAAGGGCUGCGGCCAGUGGCCGGGCGCCAAGCCGUUCGUGGACUUCCUGCUGGAGGAGGGCAUCGGGACCGUGGUGCGCGUGAACAUGCCGGACGAGCAGGGGCUCGCGGAAAUCGGGGGGAGCUACGACGCGAGGCUGCUGGCCGAGCACAGGAUCCGGCACGAGGACGUCUUCGUUAGCGACAGCAAGGCGGACAGCAAGGGGGCCGUCCCGCCCAGCGGUGUCAUAAGGCGCUUCUUCCGCCUGGUCGGGGACACGAGUCCCGAGGGCUGCGGCGCCGUGCUGGUCCACUGCAAGGGCGGCUUCGGCAGGAGCGUGUUCAUGGCAUGCCUGCUGAUCAUCUACAGGUACGACGUGCCAGGCCGCGGUCUCCUCGGCUGGGUGCGCAUUGCGCGCCCUGGAGCAAUCACGACCCCAGAGCAGGAGGCCGCGCUGCGCUCCAUCACGGGCCGCGAGGACCUCUGCAGGAAGUACGGCGUCCCCUGCGAGGGCCCGGGCGGCGCGCCGACCGGGCAGGCCUGCUGCACGGUGAGCUGA